AUGUCCCAGUGGCAAGGCAAUGAGGACGAGCCCGGUUCCAAGAGCCAAUCUUCGGGUCACUCGCCUAUGAACGGCCUCAUCCCCAGGGACUACCUGGGCGCGCGAUCCGACGUGGCUUCGCGUCCUAGCGCUCCUGGCGCUCCUGGCUCUCGGCAUAUUUCACCUAUGCCUCUGCACACGACUUCCCUUCCGAGAUCAUACCUGCAGGAUUCUCCCUCCUCAAGUCCUCUAUCCCCCAGUCCGGCGCCAACCAGUCUCCAUCUCAGAAUCGCUCGCCUAUUUCUCGUCUAA